AUGAUGACUCUGUACUUGGGGAUAUGCUUACUUGUUUUUGGAUGGACAGCAAACUCUGAGGCCUCCCUCCCAAAGAACUUUGAGAAGUCUAUCAACGAGCUGAAUGGUCACUAUCAAAGUAAAAACACAGAUAAAUUGUUCACUGGACCCAUCUUCGUAGGAAAGCUGAGGAACCUGCAUGAAAAGUUUGAGGAGGGUGAACAGAAGCUCCUCAUGACCAUAAUUCUGGACGCAUACGACAGAAUAUUUGCACGGAUGGAGAAUGAGACUCAGGAUGACAAAGUGAAAAUGAAUCUAAGGGAAGUAACAGAUCAGCUGAACAAGCUGAAGGAACACUACUUCUCCGGCAAACAUUCUGACCUCAAGAGUUACGUCAAUGACCUGCUUGCUCUAAAGGAAAGUGACCCGCUCAUCCAGCGCAAAGCUUUAUUUGAGCUCAAGUCGGUCUACAAAACAGCAGCAAAAAUGGGGGACCUAUCAGCACAGACCAGCCGGAGACGACGACAAGCUAAAGUCUCCAAAAAGCAUAGCGCAAGAUUGACUAAAAAAUGA